AUGGAAGAGUUCAUCCCAAAUUUGCGUGACGAAACUGUGCAGACGGCUGUGAAGAAUUUGCUGGUGUACUCGCUGACGAUCAUUGCACUCCCGCUGGGGUCCAUGUUCCUGCUCAAGAAGUUCUUCUUCGAAGGUUAG